AGUUUCCUCCGCCGCUGUCGGGGGUGCGGAGCUGAGGGAACAGGGCGAGCGCGCCACGCGCCACCCCGCCGGCUCGCCGCCCCCGCUCCGUUCUGCCCUCAGGGGUCGGCCGGGUGCCCCCUCCUCCGGCCCGGGCGGGGCCGCGAAUCACCUCAGGAGAGCCGGGAGGGGGUUCGGGGGCCGCGGCCUGCGUUCCCGGCGGGCGGUUGAGGGCAAAGGAGGCCCUCCCUUCUGACGAGGGGAGGGAGGGUCAGGAGCCCCCCACCGCCCAGCUGAGCCCGGGGCGUGCACCGGCGAGGGCCGGGCAGCCGGAGGGGCGGUUGUCUGGGGGAGGGGGCGCGGGGUGAUUCAGCGCCCGGCGAGGCGGAAGCGGCUGCAGGAGGAGGAGGAGUGGGAAGAGGCCAGUCUGCGCCUGGGCGCCCGGGGUGGCACGAGCCCGCGGCCCGAGUGCGAGGCGGAGGCGAGGAGGCCGCGGGGACUGGAGGCGAGGCCGGCCGGGCUCCCGCAGUCAUGGAGAACGCGCACACAAAGACGGUGGAGGAGGUGCUGGGCCACUUCGGCGUCAACGAGAGCACGGGGCUGAGCCUGGAGCAGGUCAAGAAGCUCAAGGAGAAAUGGGGUUCCAACGAGUUACCGGCUGAAGAAGGAAAAACCUUGCUGGAACUUGUGAUUGAGCAGUUUGAAGACUUACUAGUUAGAAUUUUAUUGCUGGCAGCUUGUAUAUCUUUUGUUUUGGCUUGGUUUGAAGAAGGUGAAGAAACAAUAACAGCCUUUGUAGAACCCUUUGUAAUUUUACUUAUAUUAGUAGCCAAUGCAAUUGUGGGUGUGUGGCAGGAAAGAAAUGCUGAGAAUGCAAUCGAAGCCCUUAAGGAAUAUGAGCCUGAAAUGGGCAAAGUAUACCGACAGGACAGAAAGAGUAUCCAGCGGAUUAAAGCUAAAGACAUAGUUCCUGGUGAUAUUGUAGAAAUUGCUGUUGGUGACAAAGUUCCUGCUGAUAUAAGAUUAACUUCCAUCAAAUCUACUACUCUAAGAGUUGACCAGUCUAUUCUCACAGGCGAGUCUGUGUCGGUCAUCAAGCACACGGACCCCGUCCCGGACCCGCGGGCCGUCAACCAAGAUAAGAAGAACAUGCUCUUUUCUGGUACAAACAUUGCUGCUGGCAAAGCCAUGGGAGUGGUGGUGGCAACUGGAGUGAACACAGAAAUUGGCAAGAUCCGGGAUGAAAUGGUGGCAACAGAGCAGGAGAGAACCCCACUCCAGCAGAAACUAGAUGAAUUUGGGGAACAGCUUUCCAAAGUCAUCUCCCUGAUUUGCAUUGCUGUCUGGAUCAUAAACAUUGGGCACUUCAACGACCCAGUUCAUGGAGGCUCCUGGAUCAGGGGUGCUAUUUACUACUUCAAAAUUGCGGUGGCUCUGGCUGUGGCAGCCAUUCCUGAAGGUCUGCCCGCGGUCAUCACCACCUGCCUGGCUCUUGGAACUCGCAGAAUGGCAAAGAAAAAUGCCAUUGUUCGAAGCCUCCCUUCUGUAGAAACCCUUGGUUGUACUUCUGUUAUCUGCUCGGACAAGACUGGUACGCUGACAACGAACCAGAUGUCUGUGUGCAGGAUGUUCAUUCUGGACAAAGUUGAAGGUGAUAGCUGUUCCCUUAAUGAGUUUACCAUUACUGGAUCAACUUACGCACCUAUUGGAGAAGUGCAUAAAGACGAUAAGCCGGUUAAGUGUCAUCAGUAUGACGGUCUCGUGGAACUGGCCACAAUUUGCGCUCUUUGUAACGAUUCCGCCUUGGAUUACAAUGAGGCAAAGGGUGUGUAUGAAAAAGUUGGAGAAGCUACAGAGACUGCUCUCACUUGCCUAGUGGAGAAGAUGAAUGUAUUUGAUACCGAAUUGAAGGGUCUUUCUAAAAUAGAGCGAGCAAAUGCCUGCAACUCGGUCAUCAAGCAGUUGAUGAAAAAGGAAUUUACUCUGGAGUUUUCACGUGAUAGAAAGUCGAUGUCAGUUUAUUGUACACCAAACAAACCAAGCCGGACAUCGAUGAGCAAAAUGUUUGUGAAGGGUGCUCCCGAAGGCGUCAUCGACAGGUGCACCCACAUUCGAGUUGGAAGUACGAAAGUUCCUAUGACCCCGGGAGUCAAACAGAAGAUCAUGUCUGUCAUUCGGGAAUGGGGUAGUGGCAGCGACACACUGCGGUGCCUGGCUCUGGCCACUCACGACAACCCACUGAGAAGAGAAGAAAUGAACCUGGAGGACUCUGCCAACUUUAUUAAAUACGAGACCAAUCUGACUUUCGUUGGCUGCGUGGGCAUGCUGGACCCUCCAAGAAUUGAAGUGGCCUCUUCUGUGAAGCUGUGCCGGCAAGCAGGCAUCCGGGUCAUCAUGAUCACGGGGGACAACAAGGGCACUGCAGUGGCCAUCUGUCGGCGCAUUGGCAUCUUCGGGCAGGACGAGGAUGUGACUUCAAAGGCUUUUACGGGUCGAGAGUUUGAUGAGCUCAAUCCUUCAGCCCAGAGAGAUGCCUGUUUGAAUGCUCGCUGUUUUGCUCGAGUUGAACCUUCCCACAAGUCAAAAAUUGUAGAAUUUCUUCAGUCUUUUGAUGAGAUUACAGCUAUGACUGGGGACGGCGUGAAUGAUGCUCCCGCCCUGAAGAAAUCUGAGAUCGGCAUUGCCAUGGGCUCUGGCACGGCAGUGGCUAAAACGGCCUCAGAGAUGGUGCUGGCCGACGACAACUUUUCCACCAUCGUGGCUGCGGUGGAGGAGGGGCGCGCCAUCUACAACAACAUGAAGCAGUUCAUCCGCUAUCUCAUCUCCUCCAAUGUGGGGGAAGUGGUCUGUAUCUUCCUGACAGCAGCCCUUGGCUUUCCUGAGGCUUUAAUUCCUGUCCAGCUGCUCUGGGUCAAUCUGGUGACAGACGGCCUGCCUGCCACUGCCCUGGGGUUCAACCCACCCGACCUGGACAUCAUGAACAAACCACCCCGGAACCCGAAGGAACCCCUGAUCAGUGGAUGGCUCUUUUUCCGUUACCUGGCCAUUGGCUGUUACGUUGGCGCAGCUACCGUGGGUGCUGCCGCGUGGUGGUUCAUUGCUGCCGACGGAGGGCCAAGGGUGUCCUUCUACCAGCUGAGCCACUUCCUACAGUGUAAAGAUGACAACCCGGACUUUGAAGGAGUGGAUUGUGCAAUCUUUGAGUCCCCAUACCCGAUGACAAUGGCGCUGUCUGUUCUAGUAACCAUAGAGAUGUGUAACGCCCUCAACAGCUUGUCCGAAAACCAGUCCCUGCUGAGGAUGCCCCCCUGGGAGAACAUCUGGCUCGUGGGCUCCAUCUGCCUGUCCAUGUCGCUCCACUUCCUCAUCCUCUACGUGGAACCUUUGCCACUUAUUUUCCAGAUCACACCGCUGAAUCUGACCCAGUGGCUGAUGGUGCUGAAAAUCUCCUUGCCUGUGAUUCUGAUGGACGAGACGCUCAAGUUUGUGGCCCGCAACUACCUGGAACCUGGUAAAGAGUGUGUGCAGCCUGCCACCACGUCCUGCUCGCUCUCGGCAUGCACCGACGGGAUUUCCUGGCCGUUUGUGCUGCUCAUAAUGCCCCUGGUGAUCUGGGUCUAUAGCACAGACACUAACUUUAGUGAUAUGUUCUGGUCUUGACUGACAGUUUUACAUAAAGAAGAUGUUUAACUUAAUCAAUUAAUUUUUUUAUUGUUUAAAGCAACUGUCUAUUUCUGCUGAAUUUUCACAUGAACAUAUUGGCUGGUGAAGGAAAUUUCAUACUCUAGAUUUUGUUUUGCUUUUCUGACUCCAGUGGGGCAAGAUUUUCCUUUUUUAUACACAUAAUUAAAGUGUCCAUUGACAUGUACAGAGAACUAACACUAUUUUAUGCAAAUAUUUUUUUGUAGAUGAAAAAGCAUGUACAGUGUUCUGUUUAAUACUCAUCCUUGUAUGAAACAAACAGUUGAGCCAGCGGACAUUGUCAGCAAGUUAAUUGGCAGCAGAUUUUAGGAAAUGAAUGUGUGUGGGUUUUGGUUUUUUUUUUUUUUUUUUUCCUAAAACUAAAUAGCAUGUAUUGUGUCUUUUGCAUGAUCAUCUGGAUUUAAUCUGAGAUCACAGUCUAAUUUUUAUUCAUAAGCCAAUUUUUCUGCACUGAGCAGAGUACUGCUACCUCAGUCAGUAUUUUUUGGUUUGCCACUUCCCUCACUCCCCCGGCCCCCGUUCACUCCCACCCCCGCUCCUGGCCCCGCUCGGCUGCUUCUCCCGUAGGUUCCGAUGGUUCUGUUUACAUCAGUCUUAACAAGAGGUAUGCCUGUUCUCGCUUGUGCAGAAAACAUUGUUCCAGAUUCAAUCGACUGGGUUCAUGUCCCCCCACGUAGUUUUUAAGGUUAUUUAUUUAAAUGUCUAAUGUAUUUUAUUGUAACAGACAUUGUUUUGCCAACAUUGCCUAUUUCAGUGGCACUUCACAAUCUAGUUUAAAAAGGAAAAUAAAACAUUUUAAAUGGACAGAAAAAUAACUGUCUUGUUUUUAAGUGGCUUAGCUUGAACUAUAACAAAUUGUGUCCAAUUUUCUCUUAAGUUCUUAGCUCAGAACUUGAGUUUUAUCGUGCCCGAGGGGAAGGAGGACGGCGUUCUGCUGCAUAGGUAGCUGUAGGAAUGAACACAUAGGCGCCUGUUGUCACCCAUGAUACUUUUUUGCAAGUUGCUGCUGGCCUGUUUUAGCCUGGUGUAGAGAACAUAAGGGGGAGUGCGUGUGUAUAUGUGUGUGUGUGUGUGUGUGUGUUUUUGUAAAAAUCUGUAAAUAGCACAUGACCAAAUGAACAUAUUGUAUAGAACUAUUUUUAUUUGAAUGCGGCACUAACCAACACCAUGGUUACUGUGAUAUGUUGCGCAUGUUUGAGAUCAGUCUUACCAACCGUGUGUAAGUCAUUAACUGUCCUAACUAUGGUGUUUUCCUCCAAUGCCUUCCAACAUCCAUCAACUAACGUGAGUAUUCCCUGGAGCCCUGAUGCUUUAGCCUAAAGGUGACUGCCACGGAGUGAGCUAGCUGUGACACUUAACGUCAUGUACUGCUGUGCUCUGUGACUGUCCCCGAGAGCAGCAGGAGUAUGGUGCGGGCUACCUGUGCGCACACGGGGCGGGCUAGCGGACCUGAGGUGUGGCGGCGGUGGAGUCCGUGCGCGGCCUUGGGACGGCGGCUCGGCCAGAUGCUGAGGAGGGCCUGGUGGGAGACAGACUCGUCAGGAGGGCGUGGCUGUGCCGGCAACCGGGCAGCCUAGUCGUGAGCCAGGGUGAAGGCGGCCUAGGCAGCAGCUCCUUCCCUGAGCCCCGGCCUGUUCUUACGAAAGUACUGGGGCAGCCCCGAGAUGCGAUAAAGGCUCAGUGUUUGGGGGAAAGUUAAUGGACAUUGAGCAAGGUGCUGCCAGCUUCCCAGGUCUGAGUAUAAGGGGAUGGCAGUCCCGGCCUGGCUCACUGAGGUCUCUGAGGAAGGGAGGUUGGUUUGUUUGGCAGAGAAUAUAGAGGGGGCAGGAGGGUGAGUUUUGCCGAUUUUGGCAUAAAAAUUGGUUGAGUGAUCAAAUGGAAGGAGCGCACCUUGGCUGCAAACCAAGACAGGAUAGGAUGUCUGAGCUUGCUGGUGUGCUGGUCCGGGGAAGCCAGACUUACCAGACAGCUUUCCCUGAUCCGGUUCCUUGAUAGAGCGGCAUUUGCAGAAGAAGUGGAACGUGGUUUGCUGCCGUCAGAGACACACGCAGCCCCAGAUGGCCCUGGGCCGGCUCUGGCCUUGUGGUUUCUCAGCUUCAGGCCUGUCCAGCCCAUGGAGGUGGUUCAGGCACCCACUUCGCUCAGCCCAGGCUGCUGGGAGCGUCCCCUUGUCAGCUCUGCUUCGGGCUCUGCUGCUGAGAAACACGCCCAUGGGAGCCCCUCCUCAGCCACAGAGCUGUCGCAGGCACAUUCCUGGCCUCGGGCCUCCCGCAGCGCGGGUCAGGUGCCCAGACCUAGCCUCACCCAGCCCUGGCAGGAAAGCACAGGCGGGCUCUUCUUUUGCUGCCGUCAGGACCAGUCAGGGUAACGUCGUUUUCAAACUCACCAAAACUUGUCUGUGUUCUCCUCGAUAGAAAGGCCUCGCACGGCUUCUUUGAUAGGGCUUGGCCGGGAAGGUGGCGACCUCACGUGCCCAGCUGGGGUCCCACUCCAGCAGCUCGUCCUUCCUCUGCACAGAGCAGGGGGCACGGGGCGCAGAGUGAGCUGCACAAGCUCCCAGACAAGCAGGGCCAGCGCCAGCCUCCCCCACAGGCGGCUGCUACCACGGCAACCCUCAGACUGGGCCUCAGCCCCCUGAAUGUCCUUGCGGUGGCGGACCUCGGGGGUAGGCGACUACAGGUGUCAGCUCUAGGUCUGUACAGCACGUGCCCGCCACCGGAGCAGUGCGCAGUGCCCUGAGCUAAGGCUGCCACACUGUCUGUUGCCUUUUUAAUGUAACCACCAAUUUUGUCAAAAACCACCGCGCAGCUAACAGUGACGGUAAUCCCCAUCCUUCUUCAGAGAGGGGGUAAGGACCGCAGCUCCCCUUCUAGAACCGGGCAGGACUAGCCCCCUGGGAGGAAGGGUAGGGAACGGGAGGAGCCCAGAGGCUUCGCACUCUGCCACGCCGCUCACCUCUGCUUCACCUUCCUUACCAUCUGCACUGCUAACCGAGAACCUCCCCUCCUCUUGCCCAUCUCCCUUCCGUUACAUCUGAAGCGGUUCCAUGUCUGCCUGGUGGGGUUCUUCUGUGAGCCAGGGCGGCCUCUGCUCUGUAGCUGGACGACAGGGGUCCGUGUUGCCAAGCCAGUGCUUCUAGCUGCUACCCUACGUAGGCAGCGCCUCAGGGACAGUUAAUCAGAAAUGCUGGUCUUGAAAUCUUAAAAGGUCAAACUGAAUAUUCCUUCUCACUAUUCCUUGUCACUAUUAAUCUUAAAUAGUUAUUCUAACAUUUCUUUCCCAUAUAUCAUAAAGCUGAUUUCCUCUCUCUUUCCUUUUCAGCAAUACUGGAGUAACCGCUUCCUAAACCAUUUUGCAGAAAUAUAAGGGUGUUCGGUUGCGUGCAUGUGCGUUUUUAGCAACACAUCUACCAGCCCUCUGCAUGAUUGAUGUUGGGGGAAAAAGAAAAAUAGAAAAAGUCCCCAACUCAUUGUGUGUUAUGUGGAGGAAACGUAUUACCAACGGGGUUUAGCUUUUAAAUCAAAAUAGUAAUUACAAAUGUACAAUUUAGCUUAAUGAAUCAGAAAGCCUCUCCAGAGAACUUUGGUUUCUUUGCUGCAAGAAGAAUGAGGUUCUGAAACCUUAUCUGAGAACUUAGAAGCCAUCAGCCAAGUCUCCAUGUUUCUCUGUGCAAAAUGUCAUAGUUUAUAUAAAUGUACAAUACUCAGUUGUAAUGCAUGCCUUCAGUUGUAAGUAGCCAGAUUUCUCUGCGCGUCAUUCAAACCUGCUACUUUUUAAUUGGCCCUGUACAGUUUGCUUAUUUAUAAAUCUAUUGAAAACACUACAGGUGUUGAAAGGUUAGAAUGUAGGCCUCUAGUUCAUAACUUGUUACUUUUUUGGAGUGUGCAAACAGCUCUUUUGCACUGUAUUAAAUGUAACUUAUUUAAUGAAAUCAGAAACCGUAGACAGAUGUUGGUGCAAUGCGACUCUUGUGAUGCAUUUAUCUUACUAAAAUGCUAACCGUCAAUUUAUCACAAAGCAUGUUUGACUUAGACUGUAAAUAGAGAUCAACUGUCUGUUUCUGUGCUGGUAACAAGCAUUGCACAGACAUGGUUUCGGGUAAAUAAAUCUAUUCUAUGAUAA